AUGAGGCGUGCCACGUUGAAGGUGGUGGCGGGCAGAGGGGCGGUGCCGGCUGGGCAGGCAGUGCGGUCGUGCUUCGGUCGCCGGGCCUUUACCACAGCGGCUGCCAGCACUGAGGUGAAACAGAAGUAUGAUUUCAUCAAUGUGGAGGACAAGGGCGAAGUGCGAUGGGUGUCGCUCAAUCGGCCAGACACGCACAACGCCUUCAACGAGCUGGUCAUCGGCGAAAUCACCGACGCCUUCCGCACCAUCCAGCGCGACGCUGCCCAAGAGAAGUUUCGUGCGGUGGUGUUGACCGGCAACGGCAAGUCCUUCUCGGCCGGUGCCGACCUCAACUGGAUGAAGAAGAUGGCCUCCUACACCCAGAAGGAGAACGAGCUGGACUCGCACAAGCUGUUCGACAUGUUCAAUUCCAUCUACGCGUGCCCCAUGCCCGUCAUCGGCCGCAUCAACGGCAACGCCAUCGGCGGCGGUUCGGGCCUCGUUUCCGCCUGCGACUUUGCCUUCUCCGUCAACAAGGCCGUGUUUGGGUUCACCGAGGUGAAGCUCGGCCUCAUUCCCGCGGUGAUCUCGCCCUUUGUGAUGAUGAAGAUCGGCAAGGGCAACUGCUCACGCUACUUCCUGACCGGCGAGCGAUUCUACGCAACCGAAGCGACUCGCUUGGGACUGAUCCAGGGUUCCUUCGAAACGGUCGAGGAGCUGGACAAGGCCGUCGACUCGGUGCUCACCGAGAUCAAGGCCAACUCGCCGGCGGCGAUGCGUUCGUGCAAGCAACUGAUCAACAACGUCUACCACUCCCUGGGGUCUCCCAAGAAGGGCGAAGGCCUCUCGGACGUCAAGGCACCACCACCCCACCUCGCUCCUCCUUUGUCUCUCUUUGUUCAUCACUCCUGUGGAGCUGACGAUCACUUGGGUCCCCGUUCGGUACCACAGGAGCAGCUGGCGAGCGAGAUUGCGCGCAUCCGAGUGUCGAAGGAGGGCCAGGAGGGUCUGUCGGCCUUCCUCGAGAAGCGCAAGCCCUCCUGGAUCGUGUCGUGA